GAGAGAGAGGCAGACAGACAGAGAGGAGUUUAUCGGACAUGAGAACAACACAGCGGCACCUCGGAUCAACGGGUUUGAGUUAACGGUUAUAACCGGAUCCACACUCGGACUUUACACCGUGAGAGCCGAUAUAUACACACACACACCCUCGGGGUAAAGGGGUAAGGAGUGUGUGUGUGUGUGUGGAGAGGAGGAGAAGGAGGAGUGACGAAGCCGCAGGAAAACAAAGCUGAAGAGAACCUGAGGCUGCCGGACCGGACCCAAGGGGCCUCGAGCACCAGUGCUCCCCCACCCGUGGCUGCGACUCGUUCUUCACAACGUCCCCAAUGCGACCAUGGGAAAUAGCUGUGAAUAGGCGGCCGCCAACAGCCCCCUUAAACCAGAGGAGCUUCAUCGGGGGUCCCUGCAACGCGCCAGUGCACCUCAGGAGAAGUCCUCCAGCGCGCUGGCAGUGGGGGCCGCGAGACAGAGCGGCUGUGCACGCUUCCGCGCGUCAGGAUGAGAGUUUUCCCCACGCCGCGUUUCCUCAGCAGCAGCAACAGCAGCAGCACCAGACCGUUCCUGUAGAGGAGACGAGGCAGUACAGUCAAGCCGGCGCUCCACCCCGCAUGCUCCAUCCAUCCACACACCCGCCGCAGCAGACCUCCAUCAUGGUGGACCUUCAUGAACAAAUGCACCAAGGAUCCGUUCCGAUUUCUUACACAGUUACUACGGUGACGACCCACGGCUUUCCCAUGCACACGGGGCAGCCGAUCCCAGCGUGCAACGCGCAGCAGCUCCCAGCAUGCUCGGUAAUGUUCAGCGGACAGCUCUCUCUGCUCUGCUGCCUUCCUCCUCCUCUAAUCCAGGCGUGCACCAUGCAUCACUUACCCGUAUCCUACCAGGCCUUUCCGCCCCUCAUCUCAAGCGAGCAUUUCCUUCUGCACCCGAGUCCUCCAGUGGCGGCGCAUCAACCUCCGGCACUGGCACCACUCAGCCACUUUAUCCCCCUGCAGCCCCAGCACCCACGCAUGCCCCUGCAAAGAGUGGACAACGAAGUGGACCUGAGAGGAGAGCAGCGCCACCUGGGAACGUUCUCGUACCCUGCGGCUCAUCACCCACCAGCAGCCAUGCCGCCCUCCGUGCCCCUGCAAUACCACCUGCCACAGGAACCCAUACACCAGGAGCUGCCGUUUGCGGUGACGUAUCCACACAUGCUGCCCAGACGUGGGAGUGGCCAGAGGUAUCGCUUACAGCAGCCGCUGCCUCCUCCACCCCCUCCUCCGCCCUACUACCCCGGCUUCCUCCCUUACUUCCUCUCGAUGCUUCCCGUGCCUCCGACUGCUGUUGGUCCAGCUAUCAGCUUGGACCUCGACGUGGACGAUGUAGAGAUGGAGAACUACGAGGCGUUACUGAAUCUCGCUGAGAGACUCGGCGAGGCGAAGCCUCGAGGGCUGACGAAAGCCGACAUCGAACAGCUUCCGUCCUACAGGUUCAACUCGGAAAAACACCAAUCAGAACAGACUCUGUGCGUCGUGUGCUUUAGUGAUUUCGAGUCAAGGCAGCUACUUCGAGUAUUACCCUGUAAUCACGAGUUUCACGCAAAGUGUGUGGACAAGUGGUUGAAGACCAACCGCACGUGUCCCAUCUGUCGCGCGGACGCUUCCGAAGUCCACCGCGACGUGGAGUGAGUCCCGGGCCUUUCGUCCUUCACUGGAUUAUAACAGCACAAAACCCUUGGAGUGUGUGUGUGGUGGGAGCAGCAGGCACACACACACAUAAAAUACACACACUUUUCUCACAUAACACAUGUGCGCACCACCCAAACUCCCGGCGAGAACCGUCGAAGCAUCUCCUACACACUCCGUCCCCCACGCCCUGCCCCGCGCCGCCAUACCCCGCCCCCUCUUCACCACCACCACCAUCCUGUACUCAGACCUUCGACCAAUAAGCAAUCUUGGAAUUUGUACGGAUUGUGUUUAGACCUCCGCUGUGCUUCUCACGCAAGCUACUGCCUCCUCUGAGCCCGGCGAACUCCCACAAAAAAAACCCAGUUUGGCGUUUUCAAGCCCCUCCCUAUCGUUAUUAUUAUUAUUAAUGUUAUUAUUAUAAUUUUUUGCCGAUUCCAAAGAUUAACGUGUGUGGUGUUGGCAUCUGUUUACACGGUUGAAUGUGUUCUUGCUGUUCGCUUACGAAUAAUCCAAGCUGUGCUUUAGUGGUGUUAUAAGGGAGAGGCCUGGGAAGGGUUCUUUUUUUUUUCCAGAGGACCUUGCUCAAAUCAGAAGAACGAAGGGAGAGGGGGAAAAAAAACAACACCAGGCAAAUGAGGUUUGUCCAUUCCACUGUCUCUUGGAGGGGAAAAAAAAACAUAGAAGAAAGAAAAGAAUCGCCUGAUCAUUAGCUGCAUGUUUGUAUAGGUGAUGGGCUGAAGUGACUUGUUAAUAAUGUAUGUUUUGCAAUAAUGUAUUAAUGAUUCUUUCAAUAGCUCUAUCCCGGCUUCGCUAAGGUCAGCGCGAUCGGCGGCGAAUCUUCUUUUUUUUUUUUUUUUGAGCUACCGAAGGGGAAAAAAAAAGACAAAACACACACAAGUACUGAAAACUUGGAACAGGAUUGAUCAAAUGAAUGAACCAGACGUGUGUGUGUGUGUGUGUGCGUGCGUGUGGAUGUAUGUAUGUCUGCUCCUGGGCCUCAUCGCUGUGGAGUUUUGCACUGUUGCUGCACUGGAAAAAGGUCACAAGGAUGAGGACCUUGUUGCGACCUGUGACCUCUGGCCGCCUCCCAUCCUGGCUGGACUGCUCGGGGAAGCCCUCCGCUCCUCUCCACUCCACUCCUACUACUCCAUCCUUUCCUUUUACUCUCUUCUGGAUGGUUUCUCACAAGACUGUUGUGUGGUUUAUGAUUACUAUUAUUAUAAUUUUAUGUUUUUAGGUUUAGCAAUACUCUUUCGACUCGACGAGCUUCUUGCUGCAUUUCACGCGCAGGUUCAGCGGGACGGCGCCGAAGGGAAUUUCACUUUCUCCUCACGUCCAAACAAGACAAAAAAAACUGACUUUGGAAAAGGUGCAGUCCCUUCUGCAGAAAGCAAUAUGUGCAAUGUGUGUCUGUCCUGAACAAAUCCUUUAGAUAUAUAUUUUUCCUUUGGUGAUUUUUUUUUUGUGGGUUUUUUUUUUUUUUUUUUUCGGAGGACCGGGCUUUUCCUUAUCUGUGAGCCAAAUAUUCAAUAAUUCAAUACACUCUCCAAGGAUACAGCUCUGCCUUCUUCAAGAUAAUGACAAGCACAAACUUGUUACUAAUCGUUAAAAGAAAAAAAAAACAAAAACAAGUGUUAGACUCCGUAGUCGGUUGAACUUGUUUUAGAUUUUUAAACUGGUGUUAUUUAUUGGCUUUAUCUUCAGGAUCGAGGGGCGGAGCACCGGCACGAAUUAUCCUCGGUGCGGGGGGCGGGGCCGCGGUGUAGCAAUGUGAAGUAACCGUCUUGCGUCGAGAGGGGAAAAAAGAAUGUGGGCCACGCCCCCCUCCCCCGUAGCGCGCCGUCGACCAUGCUUGUGUGUGCCAGCUGACUGUAGUGAUUCCACGACGAUUUAAAGAGAAGUGAUUUUUUUUUUUUUUUAGAAAAUGCACUGUAAAACCUGCUCCAGCGCUUGGUUCGCUCUGCAUAGACUCCUAAAAAAUAUAAUAAUAAAGAGGGUGGGGAAAAAACUAAAACAGGGAUGAAAUGUUGUAAUAGGGUGUUUUUUUGCUACGCUAAUUAUAGGACACAAAUAUAUAUAUAUGAAAUAAAUAUGAUAUAUAUAUAUAUAUUGCUUCCUUGUGUACACCGAGUUGCAGUUCUAAUCUGACUCGCUUUGAGGGAAGUCGCCGUGAUUUUAGCAUGCGAGUCUGAACUGACGCUAACUCGCCAGGUGAGAAUAAAUGAAAAAAGUAAAAAAAAAAAAAAAAACACAUACACAAGCCAUUGUGAUGAAUUUAAACCACACUUUUGAUAUUAACAUGUAUACAUAUCCGUUCACUGACAUAUAUUUUAAGAAGAUGAAGAAGAAAACAAAAAAAUUAAUAAAAGGAAAAAAAAGAAAGAAAACUCUCAGGGCCUCUCAGUUAACUUCAAAUAAAAGGAAAACAGGCGGAAAGGGGGCGGAUCCGAACGUUUCUCAGUUUUCCUCAGGCCGCACAUAUUUUACCCGUAAUCCUUUUAACGGUAUUUAUCGUGUUCAAGAACGGCAUGCGAAGAAAAACAAAAACAAAAAAACGACAAUAGGCAACAUGUCAAUCAUCCGAGUGUUACUCAGACAUGUCUGUGUUUUUUUUUUUCCGUACGUAGAACUCGUGAUCCUGUUCAAGGAGAAAAAAAAACAAUAAAAUUAAAUUUAAAAGAAGAAAAGAGACGGCCGAGCGCGUUGUCCUACCUAGACCACUCUUCCGGAUAUUAAACAGUGUUUUUGCAUGGGGUGGGGAGAGGGGAAAAAACUGUAUUUUUUAUUUCAGUAAAAAUAUCUAGACAUGUGUGGGCGACUAUUUAAUCGUGCACAGUAUGCAUGCGUGUCUUAACCAGAUCCCGGCUGGAUUAAUCCUUUGUUUUUUUUUCUUCAGGAGGAAAAAAAAUAUUUUUUUGGCUUCCGGUUCCGGGGAUUUUCCGGCUCAGCUGAAAACUGCCAUGCGUCGUACUGCACAAAACCGAGCGAGACUUUUACGAGAAAAAAAAUAAAAUGAAAUUAUAUAAUAAACAAAUAAACAAACGCUAAAGCCGAUCACACGAUUAGCAACGCGCUUGGCUUGGUUGUAGACGGCGAAGUUCCGCGAUUCUUUUGGCUCUCGAUGCUGACAUUCGUGCUUCUGCUGUUGCCUCAGCGACUGAAACUUUGCCUGGAAAAACUCGAUCACUGAAAGCCAUAUAGUGAAACGGUGCUAGAUGUCUGUCGCUCCAUUCACAUUUACAGGAAUGCAAUAGUGUGUGUGCUAUGACUUAUGACUCUCACCUACUCUUUAUAGCAUGCCGUGCUAGUAGUUGCCCCGGAAACGCUCAGUUAGUAACGUUUGACGGGUGUUUAAUUUUUAAUAAAAAUUAUUAUUUUUUUUUUUUACUGAGAAUCUCUUUUAACUGUUAAGCGCGGGACGGCGCCCUUGGUAGCGCUGUCCUCGCCACAUCGUAUCGUAUUUUACUGCCCGCGCGAUCACGUCAGAGUGCAUCUGCCUUAAAAUCUAAAAAGCGUGUAUUAAAGGGGACUUAAAAACGUUCGUCUUGCUCUCACCAAAACUUAAUAUGUACCUGCCAUAGGGUCUUUUACCUUAAACAAGCACUAUCUGUAAAUGUUAUGGUUUAAAGGAAAAAAAAAAACAAACAAAAAAAAGAAUUCAGCUGCCAUACACAUAAGCAUUUUAGCUUUUUUUUUGUUGGGUGGGUGGAUGAUUAGGGUGGAGGAAACGGGCCGGAGGGAUAAGACCGGACGGGGACGUAAUGGCUGUUUAUAUACUGUACUCUUAUUUAGAUUUAUAAGCAAAUUUUCACAAUAAUCUGAUUCCUUGAACCUCAGUGUUACCUGUACUGAAAAGAAAAAAAAUAUAUACACAUACACACAAAAAAAAUACAUAGAAUCUUGUAGUCUUUCUGUGACCUGAUUAAUAAAUAAUCUCACAGCUUG